ACACGGCCACACCUCCCACUAAGGGAGUUUGUUUCGCUUUCACCACUUGUUGGUGUCGCUCCUUUGCCCUCUUGCAGGAAGCACACAAAUCAUCCUUGGCAGACAGAUACCAAGCCCACCAAAAGCGAGCAGUCAAGACUCAAGAACCCACCACCAUCUGCCAGCCUGCCCUGCCUGCAAUCCUCCUCCGCCUCUCUCUCUCUCUCUCUCUCUCUCUCUCUCUCUCUUUCUUUAUCCCUCAACCACACACUGCUCUCACCUCAUCACCUCAAACAAAUCCCCCCAAGUAGAGAACAAGUAGAGGUGAAAGAGAGAUAGAGAUAGAGAUAGGGAUAGGGAUAGAGAUAGAGAGAUAGAGAUAGAGAGAUAUAGAGAUAGAGAAGGGGAGCAUUGGCCAUGGCUUCUUGGGACCUCCGAGAGCUCCCCCAGAAGCUCUCCGCCCACCUUACGCCUUGGAGCCGCUCAAUCCAAUUCUGGGUCCGCGCCGCCGACAUCUACUCUGGCUACAAGGCGUGCCAGCUCCGGACGGCGUUCGUGAGGGACGCCGAGAAGCGGGACGCCAUGUGGGAGCGGCAGCAUGAGGUCGCGGCGGAGAAGAUGUUCUCCCUCUGCUCCGAGCUCGGCGGGCUCUUUCUCAAGGCUGCUCAAAUUCUGGGUAAACCGGAUUUAGCCCCGGCAGCUUGGGUGAGAAGACUUGUCACAUUGUGUGAUAGGGCUCCGGCCACCCCGAUCAAAGUGGUUGAGCAAAUAUUGGAGAAAGAGCUGGGGAAAAGCUUUGGAGAGAUAUUUGAACAAUUUGACCCUGAGCCUGUUGGAUCUGCGUCGAUAGCACAGGUACAUCGGGCAAGAGUUAAAUGUGCAAAAACAGAUGUUGCUGUUAAGGUGCAACAUCCGGGUGUUCAGCAUUUGAUGAUGAUAGAUAUCCACAACUUGCAAGCAUUUGUCUUGUUUUUACAGAAAACAGAUAUUAAAUUUGACCUAUUUUCUCUUACCAAAGAGGUUGAGAAGCAGGUUGGGUAUGAAUUUGAUUUUCUCCGAGAAGCCGAGGCAAUGGAAAGAAUCCGGCAGUCCUUUUGUACUAACAACAAGAAGUCUCCUGUUUUGGUGCCACGUGUGAUGCCUGGCAUGGUGAGCAGGAAGAUCUUAGUAAUGGAGUUCAUCAAUGGGAUCCCAAUAAUGAAUCUCAGCAAUGAAAUAGCUAAAAGGGGUAUAGAUCCUGGUGGUAAGAUUGCGGCAAUGGCAAAGCAGAAAAUCUUAAAAAACCUGACGCUUGCUUAUGGCCAAAUGAUCUUGAAGGAUGGUUUUUUCCAUGCAGAUCCACAUCCUGGAAACAUCCUCAUCUGCAAGGACUCAGAGGUGGCUUUACUUGACUAUGGGCAAGUGAAGCAACUUCCCAAUGACUUACGGCUUGGAUAUGCAAAUCUUAUUCUUGCAGUCGCUGACAAUGACUUGUCAAGAGUUGCACAAAGUUACAAGGAGCUCGGUAUAGAAACCUUGGCUACAUGUGUGAAUGUGCAACAAGAACUGCUUCAACUAGCUCAAAGAAUGUUCGACACUAAACUUCCUCCUGGGGUAACAGUGAUGACACCAUUCUCUGAAGAAUCUUCAUUGAAAAAAGUGGCUGUUCGGAAUUUCCCGGAGGAGCUUUUCUCUGUUCUCCGUACGAUGCAAUUGUUACGAGGGCUUAGUGUUGGAUUGGGUAUCAAUUACUCUUGUGCAGAGCAAUGGAGGCCAAUUGCCGAGGAAGCUUUGUGCAGAGCCGGAAGACUAAAAGCCGAGGAUUUGAAAGCGCGUAAAAGGGGCUUCUUCAGAAGAAUAUUUAGAAGAUGACAGAUCCCGAGCACCGGCACAGUAUGAACCCUGAUCCUACUGCUCCUGCUCUUCGAAUCUUUCGUUGUAGAACAUUGUUGAUUACUUGCACAUUUAUUAAUGUCUUUAUUACAUGGCAUUAUCUAAUUUCUUUCCAUUUAUGUGAAUUAAAAUUUGUUUAUAAAACAAAUGCGACAAUGUUUAUUGUUAUUUUUAAGCGACGCUGCAGAUUUUCCGUAACGGUGCUGUUAUAUAUUGUUGAUAGGCGGACAUUUUAUUGAUUUAUGCAUGCACUUUAAUAA